AUGGCGAACUCAAGUUUAAGCAAGUCCUGUCUACCUCAAUUUUGUUCUCAAAGAAUCAAUAGCUAUUGCCUUGAUUAUGAUUAUUCAAUCUUACACUUAGGCACGAAAGAGAAAAGGCUGUCAGUCCAAGCAAGUUGCCCUGAGGGAACAGCACCCUACUAUGAAUUACAGCAGUUCCUAGCCUGGGCAUCAUAUCAUCACUUUUAUAUUAGAUACGCUAUUUAUUCAUAUGAAUUAGUCAUAACACCACAAUCCACCAGACCUGAAGGAAGCAAACAAAGCCGGCUUACCCUAAACUCCUCUCCUGCGCCUAUUGCGAUUGAGAGCUUUUCCUUUCCCGCAGGUUAA